UCGUCUGUUAAGAUCCCGGCUUGAUUUGAAUUAGUUAUAUGGUCUGCAGGAAACCGUUCUCUCCCCUCCACCGUUGUUGGCCAUUGUCCCUCGCUUCACUGGCAUUCCCUCACCUUCACUCGAGACCAUUUAUCUCACCAAGUCUCACCUUUACCUGGCUGACAAGUAUCAUUUUGUUUCAAAAACCCACAAAAAGCUUAUAUUAGAAAGAACCAUGGAUUUCUCCCGUUGAUGGCAAUGCUGUCAUUACUCUUUGACUUUUGUCCCAUCGAUUUCGAGAGCUCCGUCACCAUCAAGUCUAUCCAAAACCCUCUAUUUGCCUUUGUUAUCAAUCACCCAUCGCAGUAUACCCUCUAAUUAGGGCGUUGUCUUGCCUUGGGACAUCUGCCAAUAAGAUAAUUAAUCACCUUUCGAAAUGGGCUCGACUCCUACACCCUCCCGAGAAUCUAUUUCGCGAAGCCGAAUUCUCCGUACCACCACCACCAGCAGCGUCCAUCGGCGAGGCGAUUCCGAUAUUCAAACAACAUGCAACUCACAAGGUCCGCCGAGGCUAGGUGUGCCCGAUUGGUUUACAAAAGACGAUGAUCCGAGGACAUCCACGAGUACAUAUGCCUCGACGAUACCCUGUCGCGAAGAAUUGAAGAAGAAAAUCCACACAGAGCUCGUCCGCGACAGAUACGAGGCAUUUCCAGCUGAAGCGAUCGCUUCAAAUCCGACCAGCUUUGGCAGAUUGUUCCCCUCGUGUAGAAAGCUUAUGGUCAGCCACGACGAUACGACCCGCGACGGUAACCUGAAUCUACGCGUUUCCACGCUUGUGACUGAGACUCGAGGGCGGCAAUGCGAAGUUAUUCUUUUCCACCUGCGAAUGCUUGACUUGCAGGAGAGGAAAUUCUCGUUCAGACGAUACUGUCGUCAAUCUGGCAGAGAAGUGUGUCAUUCCGCGAGAAAGUACCGAGAGUGUGCCAACGAAAAGCGAUACACAGCGUUCUCCUGGGCCAAUUUUUCGCCGUUUCGCCCAAAGUCGAAGUCUCAGCAGACAAACCUCAAUCAUCUCAGAAGGCAAGAUUCGGGCUAUAAAUCAGGAACGGAGGAAGACGAGUUAUCUGAGAAGAACGGGUUCCCCGAAAGGGAUGCGCCACCCUCGCAAAAUGAACCAUCUCCAACAAACACGAUAAAGCUAGAGUUUUCCAAUUAUGCUCAUGUGGAUGUCCAGAGACGUGGUUCGAAAAUUUCCAAACGCUACGAUUACGAAUACUGGAGUACAAAAUAUCAGUGGAGGAGGUCAAUUCGGCAUCACGGCGGUUCCGAGGAGCUAUCCUACCAUCUGUAUGAUCUCAGUAAGCCGAAGCCCGUCGCACAUAUUGUCCCAGAGGCAUUGGCUCCCAUGGAAGCGUUUGACGAAGAGUCCAAGGGGGGUUGGGUACCGCCAUCGUCGAUAUGGAUCAGUGACGCGGCAAUAUUUGGCAAAAUGAGCGAUAUCGCUGAUGUUGUCAUCGCUACAGGCCUGAUUGCCCUGGUUGAUGACAAUAUCAGGCGCCGCUGGCACAACAAAGAAAAGUCACGCCCGUCCUCUCCCAUUGCGUCCACGUUUAUCAAGAGCGUCGAGUCUCUUGUUUCGACCAAGCUUUUCGACAAGAUUUUCCAAAAUCGAUGGUCUUCCGGCUCUCAACAUAUCAAUUCGAUUCGCCAGCUAGUUUUUCGUGGCCACGGGUCAUGA